AUGGACGGUGAGGCGCUGAAGGAACGACUCGAUCGCGUUCGAGGUAAAACUCGAGAGAUGGUUCGAGACUUGAAGGUUCCAAACGUCGAGGAUCUUAAGGCGCUCAUCGAGGACAUUCGUCAAGAGCAAACCGAGGCAAAGUAUCACCCGGAUAAGAGACGAUUAGACGCCGUGGCGGACUUUUUCGCGUAUACCGAGGAAGAGGGGCGUAAAUUUUUCGAUGAGGUGGACAGAUCUAAGAAGGGGAAGCUGUCGUUGGACGACCUGAAGCAGGCGAUGAAGAAGAGAAAUUUACCGCCGCGGUACGCCAAGGCUUUCAUGGAUCGGGCCAAGGGACCGAAUAUUUUCGCUCGAACCAUCUCUUGGGAAGACUUCCACGGCGUCAUGAGCGAGCGUGAAUCGACUGUGCUUCGAAUGUUCAAUUCCAUGUCGAUGUCGCGAAACGGUUUGCUCAAGACGUCGGACGUCAAGCAGGUGCUCGAACGCCUAGGUUUGGCCGCGACGGAUGAAAACGCAAAGUCAAUGGUGCGGUAUCUGAGAGGGAGCUCGGAGUACACGAGGCAGGGAUACGUGACGUACGGUCAGUUUCGCAACUUUUUGAUGCUCAUGCCACAAGAGGUCGCGCGCGAGACCGAUCCAUCUCGAUUGUGGUUCGAGGCGGCGACCAUCGUGCAGUUUAGCCCGCCAAAGAGAGCUGGAAGCGUGGGCAUGGCUCUUCGCGCAGCCUUCGCCGGAGGUUUAGCUUCGGCGUCGACGACUUCGAUGAUGCACCCGUUGGACACGCUCAAGACUCGUCUGCAAGCUGCCGUCGGUAAGGGUCCUUCGCUUCUCGAGUUGAUCAAAAGCGUGCCUAAGCUCGGUCCUCGGAAAAUGUAUCAAGGCAUCAUUCCGUCAGUAACCGGGAACUUCGCCGGUCACGGCUUGCGUACGGCAACGUAUGAGGUUGUGUGCAUAGCUCUGGCUCCGGCGUUAGCUCUUCCGAUGGUAACUGAGACGACUAUUCAGGGCCUCGGCUCUGGUAUCGGGACCCUGCUCGGGACGUGCGUGCGCAUCCCGUGUGAGGUACUGAAGCAGCGUUUGCAGACGGAUCAGUAUCCGAACGUUAUCGCUGCUGCGAAGGGAAUCACGUCGACAAAUCCUCGCGCGCUGUAUGCGGGCACAGCGGCCACGUUGACACGUGAGAUUCCGUUUUACGUCACCGGCUUGAUGAUUUAUGAGAACUUGAAAAAGUUAGCCGUCGGCCUCAAGGGUGGUCGCGAACUGGAAAACUAUCAAGUCAUCAUAGUCGGUGCGUGUGCCGGGGCGCUCGGUUCCGUCAUGGUGAACCCGUUCGAUGUCAUGAAGACGCGGACGAUGACCGGCUCCGUGCCGCUCGGCCAGCCACUCUUCAUGUCGAUGGCGCACAUCGUCAAAACCGAGGGGCCGUUAGCGUUGAUGAAGGGGGCCAUCCCUCGUAUGGCCUGGAUCGCGCCUCUGGGAGCGAUGAACUUUGCGGGGUAUGAGUUAGCAAAGAAGGCGAUGAACUCAACCGAGGCCGACAAAACUGGAAAGGAGGAGAAAGAGGAGACUAUGCGAACGGCGCCUCCGCCGCAGGAGCUGUCGCCGCCUCCCCCGGCGCCGCCAUCUGAGGCGGAUUAG